GUAGAUACAGAUAAAAUAGAUUUACACUGAAGGGAAUAAUCGAUAGCAAAGAAGUCCAAGAUACAUCCGAAUUUUAAGGUGUUAUAAUGUGCUGAUCCCUAAUGUCACUGAACUGUGCCUCGUGUACUAAGCCUAGGACACUCGACUCUGGUGGAAAUGCUCCCUAUUAUAAACCAAUGAAUGUGGCAUCAAAGCAAGGCUCACAAAGCUUUGGCAGUCAGGACAGUGAUAAUCUAAGAGUACCAAUAACAUGGCAGCCAGACGUCACACAGUAUCAACUCCACAAUGUCAUAGGUAGAGGAACAUAUGGCUCUAUUACGGUUCAUCUUGCCCAACACCUCCCGAGCGGGAAAAGUGUGGCUAUCAAACGGAUCAAUAUUGAAAAGAGUCCUGUGGAAUUCAAAGUGUUUCAGGAUGAAGUGAUACUUUGUAGACAGAUGUACCAUGAAAACAUAGUGAAAUACCACUCUACAUUUGUUAAUGAUAAAGAACUAUGGAUUGUAUUACCUCUACUGGGAUAUGGGUCUGCUAGAGAUGUCCUGCAUGCCUACUUUAAGACAGGUCUACCCGAGACAGCCAUUGCCUACAUACUAAGAGAUGUAGUCAGUGCUUUAGACUAUCUUCACAAUCGAGGAAUAAUUCACAGGAGUGUAAGAGCUAGUCAUAUUUUGAUUGGAGGUAAUGGUAACGUGUGUUUAGCAGGACUACGCAGUGCUUAUCACCUAAUUUACCAUGGCAAGAAAUGGUCUCGUGUCUAUGACUACCCUAAUGCCUGUAAUGGUGAUCUACAAUGGCUUAGCCCAGAAAUUCUAGAACAGAAUUUGUCAGGAUAUGAUACGAAAUCUGAUAUAUACAGUUUUGGGAUCACCAGUUGGGAACUGGCCAAUGGUUAUCCUCCUUUUGAGGAUAUGCCUGUCACUCAGAUGUUGUUGGAAAAGGUGAAUGGUACAAAACCUAUGUUACCGGACUGUACCACAAUAGGGGAGCUUACAGGGGAGGAGGAAGAUCAGCACAAUGCCAACAUGGAGAAUGGAGGUAUUGAUAUUGUGGCCAUUGCAAAGGCUCGCAAGUUUUCAUCCUAUUUUCACAGUUUGUUGGACAGGUGUUUAGAGAAAAACCCUCAAUGUCGACCUACAGCUGAGGGUCUUCUGACGGACUCCAUGUUUAAACAAUUGAAGAGGAAAUCAACAGAGGCCCUGCCAAACCUCUUACAACCCCUCACUCCUAUCAAACUGGCUAAUUUAACCAGCGUUACAACAGAGGAUGAAGCAGCAGAUUCUUUGGUUGAAGACAUGGAGCAAGUGAAUUUAGUCGGUGAAUGGGACUUCUAGAUGUCAUAAUCGUGCAGCAUCGUGAUGUUUGUUAGUGAAACUGUUUUGUUUGAAUUUAUUAACUGCAAUUUUGUUAUAUUAAGAUAAAUCAUUUUAAGGAAAAUUGACAUGAAUUUCCAGUACUUUUAUUUAUCAUCUGAAUGGAGUUCACUGUUAAUGAGAAUGCUCAAAUACAUAUUGUAUGUUAAACCAUUUAAUUUUUUUUAUAUACAAUCGAUAAGAACAUAUUUUUUACAAUUAUUUUGAUAGAAAACAUUUAAUAGAAGGAAGCAUGUCUUAAAGCUGAACUUGCUUUUGAAGAAUACAGGUUUGACUAUCAUAAGGAUCCAGUAACACAAAGAUGUGGAAUUAACUUGACUUGUCUCCAAAUUAAUCUUAAGAUCAAUAUUAAGGUCAAAAAUACAAUUACCAGAAGUAUCAUUAACAGACAUUCUUGCAACAGUCUAGUGUAUAUACGUACAUGUAUGCAGAUUAGUCAGUUGAUAUCUCAAAAAGAAAAUAACAUGAAAUUGAGGGAUACAUUGCAAGAAAGCUUUAUUAUUAAAGCCAAGUAAAUUGCAUGGUAAGAAAAUACUUCACAAUAUUAGCUACACAUAUUUUCUAAAUUUCAGUACUGUUCAAGUAAAAGUAAAGUCCAUUC